GGUGUGCUCUGGUGGGAUAAGAAGCAAAGCAUCCGGAAAUGCUCUGGAAGACCACAGGGUAGGUGUUCCCGGCACCUUUCCUCAUGCCUCUUGCCAGGAACCCAGGGCAGCUGUACGGUGCCUUCCCACCCCUCGAGGUGUUUUUAAAAAGUCAGUUGCUCUUAGAUAAUAGGUUGCGUUGCUCUAUAAUGUUCUGAAAGUCAGAGCCCUGGUGUACAACUCAAAGAAAUGGAAUGUGGACCCAGUGCAGCCCUAAUCUCCACAGCAGAAGGGUCUGUAGAUGGCACGGCUAGAGUAGCAACUCAUCGCUAGGACGUACUCUCUGCUUCAGGAUUAACCUGGCCCUUAACAGGCUAGUCUUCAAGUUCUCAAGACACAUAGAAGAGCAUACGUACUUUGUUUAGUCUCGAUUUUUUUAAAACUAGGUCUAUGAGUUAUAAAGACAUUCUAAAAGAGGCCCUAAGGAUCAAGGUGCUUCUCUUAAAACUAGUUCUCUCAAUUCAUCAGUGAUUGGUUGUAACUGGUAUUUAAAUUGCCAGUCCUCAUGGGAAGCUGGGCCUUGCAAACUCUUUUAAUCCGUCCUUGUAUAAAUGGCUCUCUACAUUGCCCCAAUUUGAAUGCCUGGCUUCUGGGGGAAAUCCUGGCCGGUUGGGUGAGAAGGGAAGAAAGGGCGGGAAGGAGUUGAGUCUGUAACCGUGCUUUCCUUUCCUGUAGUGUGUUCCAUGGGAAACGGCACGAGCAGACUCUAUAGCGCUCUCGCCAAGACACUGAACAGCAGCGCUGCCUCCCAGCACCCAGAGUAUUUGGUAUCACCUGACUCAGAACAUCUGGAACCCAUUGACCCAAAGGAACUUCUGGAGGAAUGCAGGGCUGUCCUGCACACUCGACCUCCUCGGUUCCAGAGAGACUUUGUGGAUCUGAGGGCAGAUUGCCCCACUAGCCACCCACCUAUCAGGGUCAUGCAGUGGAACAUCCUCGCCCAAGCUCUAGGAGAAGGCAAGGACAACUUUGUACAGUGCCCUCUUGAAGCACUCAAGUGGGAAGAACGGAAAUGCCUCAUCUUAGAAGAAAUUCUGGCCUACGAGCCCGAUAUCUUGUGCCUUCAAGAGGUGGACCACUACUUCGACACCUUCCAGCCGCUCCUCAGUAGACUGGGCUAUCAAGGCACUUUUUUCCCCAAGCCCUGGUCCCCCUGCCUAGACGUGGAGCACAACAAUGGGCCAGAUGGCUGUGCGCUGUUUUUCCUCCAGAACCGGUUCAAGCUCGUCAACAGUGCCAAUAUUAGGCUGACGGCCAUGACCGUGAAGACCAACCAGGUGGCCAUUGCACAGACCCUGGAGUGCAAGGAGUCCGAACGACAGUUCUGUGUCGCUGUCACCCACUUAAAAGCACGCACUGGCUGGGAACGGUUUCGAUCGGCCCAAGGCUGUGACCUCCUCCAGAACCUACAGAGCAUCACUCAGGGCGCCAAGGUCCCCCUUAUUGUGUGCGGGGAUUUCAACGCCGAGCCAACCGAGGAGGUCUACAGACACUUCGCUUCCUCCAGCCUCAACCUCAACAGCGCCUACAAGCUGCUGAGUGCGGACGGGCAGUCGGAGCCUCCCUACACCACCUGGAAGAUCCGGACCUCGGGGGAGUGCCGGCACACCCUGGACUACAUCUGGUAUUCCCAGCAUGCCCUGAGUGUGACUUCCGCCCUGGACUUACUGACUGAAGAACAGAUCGGGCCCAACCGACUACCAUCCUUCAAUUACCCGUCCGACCACUUGUCUCUAGUGUGUGACUUCGGCUUUAAUGAGGAGCCUGGAGGACUUUUGUAAGUACUUGUCUGUGUCCGGCUAAUCACGGAGUCUUAGGGAUGUUUCAGGAAACUGAAGUACACUAAGAAGUUGCCUGCGGGAAGGAUUCCCAGUUUCUCUGACUUCUGUUUCCAGCAUGCUCUUGGGAAGGCAUCCAUUAAUUAGUUCAUGAAGUCCUUGCAUUAAAACCUUCUGGGGGAAAAGGUGUUUCCCCUCCGCCUAUUUUGACUCAUAUUGUUUUCUUUCCCAUAAGAUCACAUUUUGAUCACUUAAGGGCACUUUUGAAAUCUCAGACUUGCUCGAGUCCUGCAGGAUUUAACAGAGGCAGGGUGCAGGAACAAUUGCCCUAGAUUACCUUUCAAAUUUAUUUAUUUGUAGGGUUUUUUUUAUAUCAACAAAAGUUAUGCAUGGCAAUAUUUAUUUUUUAUAUCUCCACGUAGAAUCAGUAAAUUAUGACUGAACCGUUUAGAACCUUACAAAACGCAAGUUAGAGAGUGACCUAUGGGGACUUUCCAACGUUUGCCUUCGGGGUCUGCAGCGGGAUGGUUUCUCAGAGGGGUUUUUGUGUACGGUUUUCACGGGAAGGACCAAGCCUCCCAGACUUAAUUCUCACCCAUUAUCCUUGCAGUGGCGCCAUCCGCUUCCCCACUAUUAUUUCCCCUAGCAGUUCCGGGUGAGCCUGUCUUCGUUUCAUCACGAUUCUUCAUUUCUGCUUUUCCACUGGAGUGCUCUUAGUAUGCAUUUGACGGCAGCACUGUUCCCUUUUUUCCACACACGAGGUUAUUUAGGAACUGUUAGGGAGCAGGAGCUCAGCAUGUCGAGGGGACCAUCUCUUUAGAAAAGGGAGACUAGAACACCUGCUACUGGGGCUGACACUGCGAUGUCCUGUGACAGCUCGGUCAUGUGGUUUAGGCAUCUACGAAAUAGGGAGUUGGGUAGUAAAGUAAGCUAAUCUGGAAUUUAAUCGGAAAUAAAAGUGACAACCAAAGGUAAAGCCCCUUUAUAAAAAUUCCCAACUACUUCCUGGUAAUAAAUUCAUAAACAUUUGAAUCCAUGAAUUGUAAAUACUGAAGAUUAAUAAAGGCUCUUUUAAAGCUA